AUGGCUACAUCUCUCUUCGGAGAAUGGAUUCGAUUGUGGUACAUUGUGAACUUAUUCGUCCUCAUUCCUGACUGGCUUUACGUUGUCCUGCGACCAAGAACUUUCGAAGACGGGGAUCUAGGAUGGCUGUGCAAGAUCUUCAAUGUCUACGCCAAAAUCGACACACUGUUCCUUGACGAAAGUGACAAGUUUUUGAAAUUCACGUAUUUCCUUGGUGGCAUUGACAUUCUACUCUGCCUCUAUCUCACAAUAUCAUUCAAUACCCAAAAAACUCAAGCUUCUUUCGCUGUCCUGGCCAUUUGCCGAGCCACGUCUGUCUGCACAAAGACUUUGCUCUAUAUGAUAUAUUCGUAUGAUUUUAUCCUUCCACAAUGGCGUCUUGCUAUUUACCUUCUGUUUUCACCUUUUUGCCUGUUCCCGCUGGCUGUCAUCUUAAACGUGUCCACUCGGCUUACUUCGGUCCUCAAGUCAAAACAAGUGUAA